AUGCCAUACGCUGUGACAGUCCCAGAUGGCUAUGGCACGGCGCGACUCAGGCCAGAUUUAACAGAAGAUCACAGCUACGUCGUUCUCAUCGCCUUGGGCCUGGCACCACUCCUCUCUUGGGUUCAAGGCACUGUGGUUACAACGCUGAGAAAGCCCGCGGGCGUUGCAUAUCCGAAUGCGUACGCAACGGCUCAACAAGUCAAGGAAAGUCGCGACGCCUACAAGUUCAACUGCGCCCAACGAGCUCACGCCAAUCUCUUGGAAAAUAUGCCCCAGACGAUGCUCUUCAUGCUCUUUGCAGGCUUGGAAUACCCCAGGGCGGCUGCUGCUCUCGGCGCCGCUUGGCUGCUCUGCAGAAUCAUCUAUGCGUACGGGUAUAUUGCGAGCGAGAAGAAUGGAAAAGGCAGGAUGUACGGUGGAGGAUUCUGGUUGAUGCAGGCGUGUUUGUGGGCGUUGAGCGCUACCACAGCUCUGAGGAUGCUUUGA